AUGACUAAAAAUGAUAAAAAGUCGCCUAAUUACGGCACCAGACAACCGGUUAAAGAAAGCAAUGAAGACGCUAUUGAUUUAGACGAUCUCUUACCGAAGAUUGGCGAAUUUGGUCUUUACCAGAAGCUUUUGUUAUGGCUCGUGUGCUUGCCAGCAUGUCUACCCUGUGGAUUUUGUGCUUUCAACCAGCUUUUUAUGACAGAUACCCCCGACCACUGGUGCAAGGUUCCCCAAUUGGAAGUAUUGAACUUAACACAACAAGAACGCAAAAUACUGUCUAUACCUAAUCAGAUCAAUAGUAACUCAACAUUUGAGAAGUGUUCUCGAUAUUCAGUGAAUUGGGAAGAAAUAAUUAAAAGUGAGUAUCCAAUAACGGUGAACACAAGUUGGCCUCGUGAGCCCUGUUUGGAUGGUUAUGAAUACGACACGUCUGAAGUUAAAUCGUCAGUUGUAAUUGAUUUUGAUUUAGUGUGCGAAUACGAUGUCUACCCAACUCUUGGUUUGGUGGCUUUAAAUGUUGGCGGACCAAUUGGAGUAUACACCUUUGGAAUAUUAAAUGAUCGCAUUGGUCGGAAAAAGUCAUUCUUCGCAUGCUUGAGUACCUUGCUUUUUGGUAGUCUAUUGACAGCAUUUGCACACCAAUAUUGGACUUGGGUACUGGCGAGAACUAUUGUGGGAUUAACCAUACCAGCUGUCUAUCAAAUACCAUUCAUAAUUUCUUUAGAAUUAGCAGGUCCCAAUUACAGAUCCUUCGUAACCGUCAUGACAUGUAUAUUUUAUACAUUAGGCUUGAUUUUACUCUCAGGGAUAACAUAUUUAUUAAGAGACUGGAGAUCCCUUGCACUGGCGACAUCGGUACCAUUUUUAUUUUAUUACUUUUACUGGUUCGUGUUGCCCGAGUCUCCGCGUUGGUUAUUAAUGAGAGAGCGGCUUGAAGAAGCCAACACUAUCUUAAAAAAUAUCGCAAGAGUGAACAAUAAAGAGUUGCCAGAGGAGUUCACCAUAAAACUUCAAAAAUUAGUACUAGAACAAAAAGAGAAAGGAUGCACAACGACAAAGAAUGCUAGUGUGUUUGCACUUUUCAAGACGCCGAAUAUGAGACUGAAAACGUGUCUUAUAACAUUAAAUUGGUGUGCCUCAGAGAUGGUUUACGUCGGAUUAAGCUAUUACGGUCCGGCUAUCGGAGAUAACCAGUAUAUGAGUUUUUUCUUGUCCUCGGCCGUUGAAAUACCAAGCUACCUUGUAUGCUGGGUUCUGAUGGAUCGAGUUGGAAGAAGAUGGCCGCUCUGUCUUUCGAUGGUUAUUAGUGGAAUAUUCUGCAUUGCUACUGUACUGCUUCCAAAUGAUGCUAUAACAGAAACGCUUAUAUUAUACUUGAUAUCAAAAUGCUUUAUAUCUGCCUCCUUUUUGAUUAUCUAUCCUUACGCCGGAGAAUUAUACCCAACCGAACUAAGAGGCGUUGGAAUCGGAACAUCCGCGUACAUAGGUGGUUUGGGUUUAAUUAUAAUUCCCUUUGUAAAUUAUUUGGGUUCUAGCAACCUAAUUUUGCCUUUAUUGGUAAUGGGAGUUUUAUCAGUUAUUGGCGGAAUAUCGUGUCUUCGUUUACCGGAAACGUUACACACCUCUCUACCACAAACAGCAGAGGAAGGAGAAGAGUUUGGCAAAGAUUGGACCUACCGAGAUUGCUUUGUAUGUGGAGGUCAAAGGCAACCUCUGGAUGCUGAAUCUUACGAAAACUUAGAUCAUUUAGAAUUAACCCAAGCUCCUUUAGUGCUUGACGACGAGGUUCCAGAAAUACCUGGCAGAAGACGAAGUUCAAUGCGAAAACUAGUCCGGCAGUCAAGCGUCGUGGAGACACAAAGAGACAGAGAUGGCAAUAUCAACUUAACUUAUUGGUUUUAAGUUUAAAGAUUUAAGGGCUUAUUACAAUAAAGUAAACGGUCGUUGAAUACUUAUUUGGAUCGAAAUGUAAUUUAAAC